GGGGGUUAAUAUUGUAUAUUUCUUAUGCUCACUGUGCUCUUUUAUCAUCCUAAAAUGGCAGAGAAAACCAAUUCAUCAUCAUCAUCAUCAUGAUCAUGAUCAUUGAAUGAUUGUCAUUUCUAUAUUUUGCUAAAGAGACAAAAAGUAUAAUAACUAGAACUUUAAUUCGUCAUGAGGACGAAUUAGGUGAUCUGUCUCUGAUUUUCAUGAUCACGAAUACAAUCACCAUGUUUAUUGAGAUCAAUACGAUGAUCAUAUUGAAAACUGAACUUUUAUUACGAAGAGAACAUGUUGAAUACCCUUGAAAAGAGGGAAAUGAAAAGUUUUGUGAAAUAAGUGUUACACAUGGUAUAUGUACAAGUUAUAAUAAAAGGGUUUUAAAACUAUUUUAUUGUGCAAUAUAUACCUUGUAAUGGUCAUAAAGGACCAUUUGUGAAAUGUUGAAAAUAAACAAAAAAGAAAAAAAAUUUCUCAUAUUCACCCCUGGGCUCGAACCCUCGACCCUAAGGACGCAAGUCUGGUGCCUUAUCAACUGAGCUACACUAUUUCCCAUAGACUAAUACACAUAAGCACUAUUUCCCAUCGACUUUACACAUAAGCAAAUUGAGGGGAUCUCAAAUCCAAUUUUUCAAGAAAAAUACGGGCAUGAUCCCGGCUUUUUAUCAGAAAAAUAAGACCAGAUUGCGAUAGCUUACAAUCUCAGCUACAUUAUACUCCAAGCUAAGAGAAAACCGACGAUUAGAAAUGGAGAUAUGGCUCGCGAAAUAGAGGAAUGUAAAAUCCAGUUUUGAGAAAAAUCCAUUUCCCAUAGAGAUUGCACACAAAAUGAGCGAAAAUGACAUGCCUCUAUAACUUGCCAUUUUUCAGGAUGAUCCGUUCCUUUAAAUGUUAAUAUAGCCAUUAAGUUAGAAAGAGUAUGUAUUCAGCUACAACAUAUUAAAAAACUGGGCGAAAAUUGACCAAUAUUUACGGAGUUAUAGUCAUAUUUGCAAAAUUAUUAAAACGUCAUAAAACAAAAAUGGAAAAUUUUAGUUCCGACGCCAUUUUGAUGACGUCAUGAUAAAAUUUAGGGUCAAAUGUGACAUGAAAUCACAUCUACAAUUCAUACUCUAUCGGAAUAUAAAAGAAUAUUUGAGGGUCAACGGACUAUCCGAAGAGUUAUAUUAAAUUUUGUAAAGGCAUGUUUUUCCACAUAUUUGGCCUAUUGUGAACGCGCGCGUGCGCGCGUUAUUAAAAAUUUGAUAGAAGCUUAUUCCUUUACUACUAGUCGUAGAAGGUUGAUCAAGGUAUCACAUUAAUCAGAAUUUAAUAAUAAAUGCAUUGAUGUAAAAGAAACGGCGAUUUUACAUUGCGUAACGACGUUACGCGCGUGAACGCGCGCUAAAACGCGUGAGCGCGCAAAUUCUUGAAAUGCUUCAAAUGACCUGAUUCGUACUCUACUUUGAUCAAAAAGUGAUUUUGAGCAUUUUAAAAUUUUGACGCGCGCGUACAUGCGCGUCGUGACGUGUUAAUGACGUUUGAUCACAUGGACAGUUGACCCAUGAUCUGAAGUUAAUUUCAUGUUAAUAUUGUUCAUUUUUUAUGAUUGAUGAUGAAGAUAUUGUUGAUAAUGUGAUUUUACAAAAUGGCGCGUAGAUGACGUCACGAUGACCAUUUGACGUUGAACUUGUUUCGUACACAUCGCAUUAUAACUGUGCAUAAUUGAUAAUAAUUUGAUGAAAAUUGAUAGAACAGUUUUUCUGAUUUUGGUGGAACAAGAAAAGGGUGGAAAAAGAAAAAUAAAUAAAAAGAAUAAAUAAAUAAAAAAGAAAAUUCGUAGAAACACAAGAGGUGAUCUGUCAACAGACAGAUCACCUAAUUAUCUUCAGUAAGCAUACUGUAGUUUGAAAUCCCAAUCUCUUUGUUGAAUUAUUCAAGGUUUGGAUCGGAUGAGUUGAAGAGGACGUUUUUAGCUCCUACCAUUGCCGGUGAUAUGGUAGCAUGUCUUGGAGUGAGCGAACCAGUGGCAGGAUCAGAUGUAGCGAAUAUUAAGACCAGAGCUAAAAAGAAGGGAGAUGAUUAUGUAAUCAACGGUAGCAAGACCUGGAUAACCAACGGUCAUCAAGCAGAUUGGACAUGUCUUCUGGUCAAUACUGGAGAUGGACCGGCACACAAGAAUAAAUCACUCAUCUGUGUACCUCUAGAUUCUGAAGGUGUUACCAGGGGAAGAAGAAUUGACAAGUUGGGCAUGUAUUGUUCCGACACGGCGGAACUUUUCUUUGAAGAUGUGCGUGUCCCCCAGAGUAAUCUGAUUGGUCAAGAGGGGGCAGGCUUUUUUUAUCAGAUGUUACAAUUCCAGGAAGAGAGGUUGUUUGUAGGAGCCGGCGUCCUCCUACCAUUGGAUAUGAUGAUUGCUGAUACCAUUGAAUACACCAAGAAUAGGAAGGUGUUCGGCAAGUCAGUACUUGACAAUCAAGUGGUUCACUUCAGAUUGGCCGAGCUACAGACGGAGGUCGAGCUUCUUAGAUCACUCCUCUACAGAGCAACGGCUCUUUAUGUCCAGGGACAGGAUGUGACCAGACUUGCAUCAAUGGUCAAGCUCAAAGCUGGACGUCUAGUUCGUGAGGUCAGCGAUGCUUGCCUGCAAUACUAUGGUGGAAUGGGCUUCACAUCAGACAUGCCUAUUUCAAGAUACUACAGAGACACAAGGGUACUUUCUAUCGCUGGCGGUGCCGAUGAAGUCAUGCUUGGUAUCAUCUCCAAAUGCAUGGGAUCUCUACCCAAAUGAAUCUAAGACGGAUUUCUUACGGUGUAUCCAAACUCUGAAUGCUGUUAUGACACAUUGAAAGUUAUUGUAAUUCACUCUGUUGUAUAUCUACACAUUGAUCAUGUUAUUUCUUGAAAAUUGUAUAGGCCUGGUAACACAGAGUUUAUCAAUUGAUCAUAGGCUGGAUUUUAUAAUCGAUUACAUUGAUCAUUGCAUGCAAUCAAUCGUACAAAUCAACUGUAAUAUCAAUCGCAAAGUUUUGUCUAGGUGGCCAUACUAAACAUUACAUGUCACUGCUGGAGCAAAACACAGUAUCACAAAGAAAGGGACAUUUUCAUGGACCUGUUGCAGGUAUCAUGUCAAUCAAAUGCAAACAAACACACACACACAGAAGUAAAAUGCAAUUUGCUUUUCAGCAAAUGAGAAAAAAAAGUUUGGAGGUUUCAAUACCAGAGCAUCAAUGGGUGAUUUCAAGUAUAGCGUAUGGAAUCUGGUGAUGUGAAAAUGAGGCCAGUGUUGGGAUUAAUCAUGCAAAAUGUUAUGUAUUUUCAGCAUUUUUGUCUCUUCUGCGUAGCAGAGUGAGACUUAGGCGCCGCUUUUCCGACGAUGGUGGCGGCGACGGCGGCAUCAACAUCAAAUCUUAACCAAAGGUUAAGGUUUUGAAAUGACAGCAUAACUUCGAAAUUUAUGGAUCAUAACUUGGGCAUAGGAGUAAUCGAGUAUCACUGAACAUCCUGUGCGAGUUUCAGGUCACAUGAACAAGGUCAAAGGUCAUUUAAUGUCAAUGAACUUUGGCCAAGUUGGGGGUAUUUGUUGAAUUACCAUCAUAACUUUGAAAGUUUAUGGAUCUGAUUCAUAUAACUUGGAUAUAAGAGUAAUCAAGUAUCACUGAACAUCCUGUGCGAGUUUUAGGUCACAUGACGAAGGUCAAAUGUCAUUUAAGGUCGAUGAACUUUGGCCAUGUUGGGGGUAUUUGUUGAAUUACCAUCAUACCUCUGAAAGUGUAUUGUUCUAGUUCAUAAAACUUGGACAUAAGAGUAAUCAAGUAUCGCUGAACAUCUCAUGCGAGUUUCAGGUCACAUGACCAAAGUCAUAGGUCAUUUAAGGUCAUUGAACUUUGGCCAUUUUGGAGGUAAUUAUUAGAUUGCUGUCAUAAUUUUCAAAGUUCAUAGAUAUCGUUUAUAAAAUGUGGAUAUGGGGGUAAUCAAGUAUCACUGACAAGUCUUAGGUCGCAUGAUCAAGGUCAAAUGUCAUUUAUUGUCAAUGAAUGUAGUAUUGUAUCAUUAUAUGAAUGGUUUAUUUUGUGAAUAAUUAUUUCAUAGUAGUUUUCAAAGUCAGCACUGCUGCUAUACUGAAUCGCGUAAUGCAGGUGAGACUGCCAGAGGCGCUCCACUUGUUUGAAAUAAGCAUGGAUUCAUUUUGACAACAAAAAACCCUGUGUUCUGCUGGCAUCUAAUCAUUCAGAAUUUGGUAUUCUGAUUGAGGGGUGUCGAGAGCUUAAACACAUGAUGAUUUUAAAAAGUAUUGGUCUGAUUUAGUUAUAAAUCAUGAUUAGUUUUUUCUUAGGACAAUAGGAUUGUGAAAGCUUUCAUAAUGCUACAGCCCGCCGAUGUCUUAGACAGUAGAAGUAGUUCCUAUUUUGAUCAUUUAUAUUAUUGUUUGUGUUCAUGUGCUCGCAGUAGGAUGGUCAGUCCUUCACAGUAUAUCUCUGUACCUUUUAUAACAAAAGUGACCAUUUCUCACCCAAACAUGUCAUAGAAUUCAGAUCAGAUGAAAAACAUUUGCCUCGUGAAAUGAAAUUACAAUCAUCCCUUUGCUGAUAUUUGAUAACCAUUAUUUGAAAGUUUCAUGGAGAAGGGACGUGUACUUUAAAAAUGAUCUUGAAAACUCAAAUCUUAGCUUUUGUUAAGUUCUUAAUAUUAUUAAUAUUAAUAACAGCACAGCAUGGUCAAAAUUAAUUGACCCUUAGUGACCUCAGUCCUUGAUCAUGUCUUUUGUAUACAUCUAAUUUCCUUUUUCAAUUCAUUGAAUGAUCUCUUCCAAGAAGAAGUUUGUAAAUGUAGUUGUAUACAUUCUUUUUUCCCCAAUUGAUAUCUCCUGUCAUGAGGACAUAUGCUGCAUUUAGUGAUAUUUUUAUUGUAUUGUGAAAUUGUUACAUCACUAAAUCGUGUGAUCCAAAUUCCACCAAAGCACCAGCAUCAUUGGCAAGACGUAAAUCGCCAUUUCCCAUCCUUCACCCAGGAGUAGAUGGGUCCCUGUGAGAGUUACCAAACAUUAAUUUGAAUACAGUUAUGCCAUUAUUUGCUCUACAAAAGCAAUAUGAACAAUGAAAAAUGAUAAGAUGGCUCUAUAUGGAGUGGAGAUGUCUAACAGGUAAAAAAAUUACAAGGGGGGGGGGGGGGGGGGGCUUGGGUCGAUUUGCCUCCAAAUGCUCAAAGAGGCCCUGGAAAACCACUGUUCACUGCAAUGUUGUAGCUCAUUCAAAUUUGCAGAUCUAGGCAGCCAGAUGCGAAAAGUUGCCCCGGAAAUUAAAAAUUAAUUAUUUAUUUUUGCCUGUAGUGUAAAACUGUAAACAUGUGUCCAAGCCAGAAUCCAGUUAUCAGGGGUAGUGAGUGGAAGUGUUACUAGUCUAAAUCUGGACCUUUAUAGUAGUUGUUUGUUUGGAAAGCCCUACACUUAUGGUAAAUAGUGUGUAUGCCAUAUGCAAUGAGCGAAUGUAGGGUUUUCCAAACAAAUAACUACUAACGUCUGGAUCUAGACUAAAGUGUUACCAGAUAUUAUGACAUUCUUUGUAUUGUUUAAUUUUAUACAACAAUAUGCACUUUAUAUGGCAUGCAUAUGAGGGAACUGAUGAUGCCACAUUCUUUUGUAUUUAAUGAAAUAUUUUAGCAUUUCCGCCAUGAAGUCACAUUGUAUGAUUUCUGUGUGAACAUGUAAACUUGCCUUGUUGUAGGCUGUCAUCAACCAAUCAAGAGCCUUGUCAUUGCCAAAUUUGCACAAAUUGAAUGAAAUAAAAUACCAAAGAAAUAGUGAAUGUGUGACAUAAUUGGUUUUACAAUUUGCUUAUCACCUGUAUGGUGCAUAUAACUGUUAUGUGAAAAUAUAUAAAAACCUAAAACUUUUUUUUAAUCAGAUUUUGAUGAUUUUUGUGUGUGUCAUGCUUGUGUAUUUUUUAAACUAUUUAACAAUUUAAUAAAGUAAUGUUGUGGUUAUUUGUUAUUUUUAUUGCAAUAAGAAUGGAAUAUAUUUACAAUCUUGCUUUCAUGUGCAGUACUCUUUUUUGGGGUUCAAAUCAACUUCAUAUCCUAAUGUUUAUUUAUAUUCACCAAGUGUAAAAACAUAAUUGUAAAAUUUGUAUCUUCUUAUUCUUCUAUAGACUUUAUUUGUAUACUGCAUGAUGUGUCAUUGUUUUAUUUGCCAAAUAUUUUGUUCAUUAUGUAAGCUUUUCUUCACAUCAAUUUUUAAGCACUAUAAGGAGUUAUGCUAAUUGUUUAAAUAUAAAGAAUUGCAACUUUGUUUUCUUUACAAAUGCUUACGGGUACUUGAGAUUUUAAUAUGAUUAUAUUGAUACAUGUAUAGUAUAUGACUACAGCAGUUGCAUAUAUUGAUUUAUAUGUGAAAUUUAAUGUCUUUCAUUGAGAGAUUUAUGAUUAUUGAAUACAAUAACUUAUCCUUUUAUAGUGGAAGUGACAGGGGUGUUAUAUUUUUAGGGUAUUAUUAACAAAAUAUUAAAAAUAUCUUUAAAAAAAUAUAUAUGUGCGAGUCCAAGUUGAAUCGGGCCACUCCCUUUGUCGGGGACUAAAUGGGGUUUAAAAAAACAUGGAUGAUUUUGACUGAAACAACACUUUCAAGAGGGUUACAUGACAUUUGCUUCUGCGACAAUUGCUCUGAUGGAAAAUCUGCACGUUAAGCCAAACAUAAAACCUAACAUCCAACAGUGAAUAAACCCUAAUCCUUAGUGCAGUAGGUUCCAUGGAAUACCAUGUAUCUUUCUUGGGCAAAUGAUGGUCCUGAAAAGAACCACCCAAACUCAUUAAUUUGCCCAAGGAAGAUACAUGGCGUUCCAUGAAACCUACUAUACACCAUUCUUCACCAUGGAAACCUUCAGAAGUUCCCUAAUCCUUAUAUUUACACUAUUCUGAACCAAAAACUCUUACCCUCUUCCCUCUGAGAUAUAAUUAAGACAGGAGCAAAUGUUGCAGGGACAUAAUGUGUGUCACCUUCAAAAGAUAUGAUUCUUGUUUUAAACUUGAAGUGUUUUUUUUUCCUUCAGAAUGUGCUCUAUUUUAAACCAGAUGUGUACAGUAAUUGAAAUGCCUGUAAUAGGCCCUUUUGAACUGCCUGAAAUCUUUUUUUUUUAUACUGUGCAUUUUUUGCAAGUAAACUUUUGUAAUAAAAAUAUCUGGUCACUAUCGUCAU